UAUGUUCAGGGGCGCUUGGAUGUGGCCCGGGAAAGACGCCGCCGCGCUGACUAUCUGCUGCUGCUGCUGCUGCUGGGCUCCCAGGCCGAGCGACAAACCUUGCGCCGACUCCGAGCGGGCGCAGCGAUGGCGACUGUCCCUGGCGUCCCUGCUCUUCUUCACCGUGCUGCUCGCUGACCAUCUGUGGCUGUGCGCGGGGGCCCGGCCCCGAGCCAGGGAGCUGAGCAGCGCCAUGCGGCCGCCCUGGGGGGCCGGCCGUGAGCGGCAGCCGGUGCCUCCUCGCUCAGUGCUGCCCCUGUCGCCGCCGCCGCCCAGUGCGCCCCCGGGCACCUGCGGCCCCCGAUACAGCAACCUGACCAAAGCCGCCCCCGCCGCCGGUCCCGGGCCGGACUGCGGCGGCGUCCCAGAGCCCACGGGGCUGGACGCAGCUUGCACCAAAUUGCAAUCUUUGCAGAGACUUUUUGAACCGACUACCCCAGCCCCCCCUCUGCGGCCCCCUGACUCCCCUUCUCGUGCCCCGGCAGAGUUCCCCUCCGCCAAAAAAAACUUGCUCAAAGGCCACUUUCGGAACUUCACUCUCUCCUUUUGCGACACCUACACGGUCUGGGACUUGCUGCUGGGCAUGGACCGCCCCGACAGCCUGGACUGCAGCCUGGACACCCUGCUGGGAGACCUGCUGGCCGUGGUGGCCAGCCCGGGCUCCGGGGCCUGGGAGGUGUGUAGCAACUGUAUCGAGGCGUACCAGCGGCUCGACCGACAUGCUCAGGAAAAAUAUGACGAGUUCGACCUCGUGCUGCAUAAAUACUUACAGGCAGAAGAGUACUCAAUCCGGUCCUGCACGAAAGGCUGUAAGGCUGUCUACAAGGCCUGGCUAUGCUCAGAAUACUUCAGCGUGACCCAGCAGGAAUGCCAGCGCUGGGUGCCCUGCAAGCAAUACUGCCUGGAGGUGCAGACCCGGUGCCCCUUUAUACUCCCCGACAAUGAGGAAAUGGUGUACGGAGGGCUCCCUGGCUUUAUCUGUACAGGGUUGCUGGAUACUUCGCCAAGGCGGCCGGAAACCAAGUGCUGUGACGUGCAGUGGGUCUCCUGUGAGUCGGAGAAGAAGAAGUUCAAGGAGUCUGAGGCCCCCAAAACCCACCACCAGCAAUUCCACCACUCCUAUUUCCACCACUAUCACCAACAGUACCACCACUACCACCCCCGCCAUGACCCCCCAGGCCGAAUCAGCCACAAGCCCUCCCUGCUGCCGGUCUCUGGGGGCUCCCGCCUCAGCCCCAGCAGGAUCCGGCUCUAUGUCCUUGUUCUCAUGCUCCUCCAUACCAUGGUGUCCUUCUCCAGCAACCAGGGGGGUGGGGGACUGGGGCUGGAGGCACUGCCUGCCCUAGAUGAGGGCCUGACUCGGGAAGAGUGACAGCAGGGAGGGAGGACAGACCUCCACCACAUACUGACAGCAGCUCCAGCCCCCCCAGGUGGAGGGGGAGGGGGCUCCUCCCAUGGGAGGUGUAGGACCAGGUGGGGGGCGGGGGGAAAUGGGGGACCACACAUCACCCCCAACCUACCCCCACCCCAAAAGCAGCUCCACCAGAAGGGCCAGAGGGCCCCAGGGAGCUGCAAACUCAUCCGGGAGAAAAAGGCAGGAGCAGCAGGCGCCCCCUCCCGGGCCCCCAUCUAUGGGGCUUAGCAAAAAAAGGGGGGGGAGUGGGGGCUGGAAAUGCCCACCCCUGCCGAGAGCCUUGACCCUAGGGAAGGGGGCUGCUCACUCAGCCUUGGCCCUGCAGGGAAUGUUGGGGGGCACGGAGGGGAGAAGCUCUUUCACCCCCCACAUUCCUUUUGUUGCCACGAUCCUUAAUUCCCUCCUGCCCAUACCCCUACAGGCAAUGGCAGACGGUGCAGUGGCCCUCCUCCCACUCCAGCGCACCUUGCCCCACGUGGGGCCGCCACAGGGAAGUGCCAGGCUGGGAGAUGAGGUGCGCACAGUGGCAGCUAGGUCAGGGCCGCAUUGAAGCUGUGCCCCGUCAUGCUACACGAUGAGGGGUAAGAACGGGGUGCAGAAUGAGUGGUGAGAGAGAGUGGAGAUAGGAAAAAGGGAGAGGAGGGGAGAGUUGUGGGCGAAGGGCUUAGAGAGAUGGCGGAACGGGCUCUUGCCACCUGGCUUUGGGAUCACCGUUGAGGCAGGCUCGAGAACAGCUCCCCGAAUCAGAAAGGGUUGCAGAUAGAGUCCUCUGGGGAAAGAGCACAGGAACUGGGUUGGUGGGCCUCAGAACAGAAGGCUGAGGGUGCGUGGUCAGACUGCUGCUCUCUGAAGGGCCAUAACUUACAGAAGGUGCACACACUCCCAAGGGCCGCUCUUGCCCUGGAGAUCUUGGCCUUGGGGCCAAAGACGUUUCCAUUUCUGAUCUCCAUGGGGAGGAGGGACUUAAGCCCAAGUGGGUCAGGCCUGGCCUGGGUCCCCAUACUCCCCCAUCUUGUCCUAGCCCAGGCCUCCAUGAAGGAGAACCUGGUGGCAUUGCCCCAGGGCUUUCCAGAGAUGAGCCUCCCCCAUCCCCACCCUGUCGCUGUCCCCAGCCUACCAAAGAGUAUUCAUCCCUUCCCAUCCCUGACCCCGUGGGUUACUAUCUCAGUUGUGGAACAACCAGACCCCCCUCACCCUGUAGCAAGUCCCCUGAUCCAACCACCCCUGCCCCUUGCUGGAGAAAGUCAAAAGACUGGCAAGAGGACCCUCUGAAUAAAGAUGAUGUGCUGUCGUCCCUUGGCUGAGAGACUUGAACUGUUUAGUCAGGCGAGAGGGCUGAACGAGAGAAGAGGCAUCGAGAGCCCCUUGGGGGCCAUUAGCCUUGUGCUGAUCUCCUGGGAGUAGAAGGCCAUAUUGCCUGGGACAUCACAAAAAGGCAACAGCAGCAGACAAGAAAGGGAGCCAGAAUUGUGUUCUGGGGACAGGCCAAAGGGCUUUCAGUGCCGGAAGGGCCUGUGUCCUAGGACGUGAUGCCAGCGAGUUAAGGGGAGGGGUGGACCUGGAGCUGCAUUAGGUGAAACUAAGAAGGGGAUGGGGAGGAGACAGCUGGAAUUAGUUGGCUAGGGGAUAAAUGGGAGACCCCCCAAGUAGAGAGGGAAUCAUUCAGGGGCCUCAGCUGGGUCCCAAAUAGGCUUUGUGAGACUGGGGAGUCCUUCCCUGCCAGUUUGCUCCUUUCUCACAGUGUGUCCCCCUCCCCUCACCCCUGUGCCCUGCCCACACACUCCUGUUUGGCCCUCAGCACUUCGGGCCUAGCCACAUGCCCCAUCCCUAGAGUGCUCUUUUCAGCUGGGGAGGGGAAGAGGUGCUGGCUCCUUUCCAGAGAUGCUUAUGUAGACGUGAGAGACCCUAGGUACUGCCUUCUAACUCCUGCAUCCUCAGGAGGGGAAAAGGGACUGGGAAGUAAGGGGGGACCUUAGGGCCCCAGGGAAUGGACCCUUGGAGACUCCCAUCUUCUCUUCCUCUUCACCAAGUGCCCAGGAGACCCCUGGCUCAGACCAGCCCAGGGCCUUGCCCAGUGGCAGAGGAAAGGGGCACCUCACUCCACGUCGAAGUCAUUUGACUGUCCGUAUCCACCCCGCCAUCCCGAUCCCCUACCCCUCCAGCUGCCCCUGCCCUCCGUCACAGGCAGCAGAGCUGGGCGGCUUUCUUAUGCCAUUUUCUACACUGUGCUUCAUGAGUAGGACUUUCUUGCACUAGUUCCUAUGACUGAGUCUCCAAGCUGGAUUCCUAGUAGUCCCCGUCCCUUCCUCCCUCACCCGGCUCUGAUUCAGUUGUCCCCCUUCCCCUGCCUCUGUGUUUCGGUGAGAGUCUCUGUAUGUGUACUGCUUUCUGUUUUGUUGCAUUGUGGGGCAGAGGCCUCUCUGCUCUUGUUCAACCCCAUAAAGAAAUAAAUGGUAA